AGAAAGGUUUAUACUCAGUCACAUACAAACACACAGCACACACGAGUGCACCCCUCAAUGCAGUAACACACGUGUGCGGGGUCGUUGAGGGACAGCCACUUGUGUUGAUUCUUCAUGGUGCUCCUGACAGCUGGUUGACUGGCCCUCACUGAGCGGUUAGCAAGCUGAGACAAGAAACUCACAGAUAUUGUUUUACAUCAUGGAAAAAAACACUAUACCAAGAUGAAUUCUUCUUGGAGAGCUAAGAAAACAUCUCAUCAUCAGUCCCUGGGAACACAAUGAACAUCGAUGCAGAUUAAAACUGAACUGAUGACAACAUGAUCUGCUCUGGUGCACUAAAUGCAAACUCUGUCCAUAUGCAUUCUGCCAUUAACUGGGACACUCCAUUGCUUUGUGCUCUUUUUGCUAUUCUACUUUCACUGUGGACGAAGCCGUUUUUGAAGCAGUUUUGUUUUGGCUGCCUAGUAAUGAGUGGACGACAGACAGCCACACAGAUGGAUGCAGGCCUGACACUGAGGGAGACAGUCAGAUGGCUGUGUGUCCUUUCAGAGAGGAACUUUGAAUACUGAGACAAAGAGACUUUGAUUGAAUCACUAGAGCCUGUGUGGACUUGUGCAGCUACAAAAACUGACACUGCAGAUUUAUCAUGGAGCUUGUCCCAAAAACCAAGUACACCCACUUCCGGAGUGAAUCACUAAGCUCAACUGAUGAGACAAACUCUAAUCCAUCAUCACUCCCUCCUUCUACGCCUGUCAGCCCCCUCACUCCCUCCCCUGGUUUACCAUCCUCUCUUUCCUCCUCUUCUCUCACACCUAUCUUGCCCCCCUCUUCCCCUCGCCCGGCCGAGAACAGCCCCACCACGCUCUGCUCCUUCUUCCCCAGGAUGGGAGCACUUCGCUUGGGUGUAUCUGCCACUCUCCUCCCGGGUCUGAAAGCCUCCAGCAGGCCUCAGCAGCCUCAGGCCCCUGUUGAGUCGUCUGGGGACGAAAGGAGCAGCUCCAGCUCCUCCCCUCCCCCUCAUCACCUCACUCCCCGUCUAACGGCUCCUUCUCCUCCUCCCCGACCUCCCCUGCAGGACAUGAACCGGCUGGGAGGGGCGUCCAGGAGGGCACGGGUGGAAGGAGGGCAGCUAGGGGGGGACGAAUGGACACGGCAUGGCUCCUUCGUCAACAAGCCCAUCCGUGGUUGGCUGCACUCCGACAACGUAGUCAGCACCACCGGCGUCUCCUACAGUGUACGGUAUAUGGGUUGUGUGGAGGUGCUGCAGUCAAUGCGAGCGCUGGACUUCAACACCAGAACUCAGGUCACCAGAGAGGCUAUCUCAGUGGUGUGCGAGGCAGUGCCCGGAGCCAAAGGAGCCCAACGCAGGAGAAAGCCUUCCUCUCGCUGUCUGUCAUCUAUCCUUGGAAAGAGUAAUCUGCAGUUUGCUGGCAUGACAAUCAGCCUUACUGUCUCAACCAGCAGCCUCAACCUGCUGGCCUCAGACUGCAAACAGAUAAUCGCCAAUCAUCACAUGCAGUCCAUCUCCUUCGCCUCUGGAGGAGACCCAGAUACGGCUGAGUAUGUAGCAUAUGUGGCCAAAGACCCAGUCAACCAGAGAGCGUGUCAUAUCCUGGAGUGCUCAGAGGGCUUAGCCCAGGAAGUCAUUAGCACCAUCGGCCAGGCCUUUGAACUGCGGUUUAAACAGUACCUGAAGAACCCCCCCAAACUGGUCACACCACAUGACAGAAUGGCUCCCUUUGACGGCUCCGCGUGGGAGGAAGAGGAUGAUGAGGCUGCUCCGCCUCCCGAGGUUCCUUACUAUAAUAAUUUUCCUGGAAAACAGCCUCCCCCUGGUGGACUGAUCGACAUGAGGACCCGCCCUGGAGCCACGCUGCCCUAUGGACAGCCAGGUCAGAAUGACAUACACAAGCAGCCACUGCCUCCUCUACCAGUGGGCGCCAAGGAAGGGGGACGAGAACUCUUUGAUGACCCUUCAUAUGUCAAUGUGGAUAAACCCCGCCCCCCAGCAGUUGCAACCAAUGGAAAUGCUCACAGAGAUGCUUUUGACAUGAAGCCGUUUGAUGAUGCCCUGGGUGUGUCUGGGCCCGUGGGCCCCAGCUUGGCAACAGCAGCGCCCCCGCUGGUGGAGCAGUUACAGUGCGAGGCCUGGUUCCAUGGCAGCUUGAGCCGCAGACAGGCCGAGAGGUUGCUGACCCGGGACGGGGACUUCCUAGUGCGGGAGUCUGGGACCACGCCUGGGCAGUACGUCCUCACCGGACAGCAGGGGGGCCAGCCUAAACACCUGCUACUGGUUGACCCAGAAGGAGUGGUCCGUACCAAAGACCAUCGGUUUGAAAGUGUGAGCCACCUGAUCAGUUACCACAUGGACAACAGACUGCCCAUCGUAUCAGCGGGGAGUGAAGUGUGCCUGCAACAGCCAGUGGAGCGCAGGGCCUGAACACACACACACAAAAACACGGACACACAUACCACGAACAUGCAAUCUCAUACACCUAUGAAACCCUCCCAAACAAAUCCAUGUCUGUACACCAAUGCAAAACAAGACAUACACACCGUCAUAUGCUCCGCUCAGUACACAUAGCAACACUACACAAUCACACAUUCAACUCACACACAGGAUACACAAACCACAGCAAAGAAAGCCAAAAAAGAAAAAAAGUCACUCUGCCAAAUCACUCGCUUGCUGCUGUCGCCACAUAUUCCUGUCCCUUCUGCAAGCCAAACUGUGACCUCUCCCAUCCCUCCUCCAUCCCAUCAGACCAUCCCUCAACCACAGAGAAGCACUGCUGCAAUUUCUCAACAGCCUACUGUGAACCAGGGAGGAGCCCUAGCUAUUUUCAGACCAGGGCAGAAAAGAAAUGCAAUUUUUAAAUGCAAAAAAAAGAAAAAAGAAAAAAGAAAAACCUUAACAUGCGAUUCUGAAAUGAUAACAGAACAAUUACGAAUACGUGGAAUCGUGCAGAAAUUAAUUCUGGAGCUGAAGAGCUAACAGUGAGCUUUUGGAAAGGGCCACAAAAAUGGGACAAUGAAUGAGAUUUUCACUGUGUUGAAGAGCGUGUCCCACCAUUUGGGACAAUGAUUUCUCUCCUCGGACUGUUGCUGGAGCAAAUCAAUUCAUCUCAACAUCUCAACUCAAUGAUAAUGGUUCUUUCUUUAAAAGACUCAAUCUGGCUCAAAUAUAAAUUCUCCCCUCAAGUAUCACUGGAGUAAUUCAGCAGCCAAACAUGACUCUUAAAUCAAUCUGCUUGGUGAAUAUGCUUCCAAUUUAAACCGGACCCGCACCCUUUCCUGACAACCACUCUCCUUUAACGACUUUUGAACUUUGACCCCAAGAGUGAUAUCUGGUCAUGUCAAGGAGGACAGCCUGUAUGCCUGUAUGCAAAACUGGGACUGCUAUGCCAAUGACCAUCAUUUGUGUUGAAUUUUUUUUUUUUUUUUUUUUUUGGAAGGACAUUAAUCCAGGUUUCUGUCUGUCUGUCGGCUUGGGACUCAUUUCAUAUUGGACAUUCUGUGUUGAGGAUGGUCCAGUCAGUUGUAUCUCCCUGUAAACACAGAUCCAGUCACACACCCACACACACAUUUAUACAGGGCACAGUCUACACUCCACACAUGCCACCCCUGUCAUCAUGCCAAAGAACAUGAACUUGGUUGCUUAAGGUGGGGUGGAAGCCACACGGCUUAUCAGCAAAGACUUAAUGCCACCUGUAUGUUUGUGUAUCUGUCUUAUGUGCUUGCAUAGAGAGCAAAUUGAGAGGGAAGGAAAUGCAUAAUGAAAAAACAGGCCCGUUUCAGAGAGGAUUAAUCUAGGCAUUGUGCCUGAAUACAACAUGAUAAAAAGGAGAGUUGAGAGCAAAUUGUGCAAUGAUGUCAUUCAAAAACACAGCAACUAGUACAUUUUGAGCAGCAUAGACCUACUAUUGCUUCUCAAUGGCUGUCAAGUUUAGUAUGUGUUUGCAUUGACAAUCUAUGGCUAAAUGUCUUUCCAGAGUAUUUUGAUAGAAAGUUAUAUGGCAGAGUUGAAGGACGCCCCCUUAUAUGGUGGCCCUCCUUAUGCUGGUGAUAUGAGACAUGUUGAACAGUCUAAGCAAUGAAUUUCCCUCUGCAAAUGUGAUGCACAGUUUGUUCUAGUGAGUAGCUGAUUAGUUUUAGUGUAUGUAAGAUGUUGCUUUUUUAAUCAUUUGAGGGAAUAACAUCCUUUUUCUAAAACCUUGUAUCAGAUGAAGAGGGGUGGGGACAACUGAACACAUUGGCAUCAGUGUAUUUUGGAGCGUUUGAAACAUUAUUCAAAUGUUAAGCCAAAUUCUGCUCCCUGAUGUCCUGUCUUCACAAACUGAGGAUUUGGGGAAGAGAUUCAGAAUACUUUUCCCCCUUUCCUCUUCCUCCUCCCUCUAGUUCAUGGUGUUGGUUUUUAUAUCUUUUAAUUGUGCCUUGUUUCUUCAAUGCAGUCACGUCACUUCAUUGCAGUCACCUUAUGUACUUAAUUCAAAUGUAGUCGACUACAGGAGAAUCCUACACAAGCCUCUCAGUUAAACAAAGACUCUGCAAAAAUGACACUCCAGUACACACACAAAAACAGAUACAGUGAUGGCAAUCUCCUCUGAUGCACAUUCUUGCGUUUAGCUUGUUAUCACAGAUACUUGAUGUCACCUAUGGGGGGAAUAUUUCCUGGCCACCUGUAAAUAAUAUCCAUCGUAAUUGGUCACCUUGAUAUCGGGUCUGGAUAAUUGUUUUCAUAGCUGUAUAUUUAAUGACUAAGUGAUUCGUGACACAGAGCCAGACACCACAGCACUGAAGUAGCUCUUAUAGCAAACUUGUUAAACUUGUUAAAGUAUUUGACAUUGAGGCCAAACUUUAUGUAUGACAAGGGGAAGGGAUCUCUCAACCUAAACCUUAAUUGUUAAGUAGGGCGGGGUUCCACAAAGCAUGAUUACAAAAUAAGCCAGAUAACGGUGAAAGUAUCACGCUAUAAUCUGGAGAAAGUGAUAGAAUCUAUAGAACAAAACUUUUAAAAUUUGACAAAGUACUAGAUUAAGGAAUAUGAUUCACUCCAUAUUGAUGAGUGCUACCAAAAAAUAAAAUUUUAAAAUAUGCCUUUUUUUUUGUUUGUUUUUUGUAACACUUAAUAAGAUUAUCUGGCUAAUGUGCUAAUCCUGCUGUGUGGAAUAACCGCCAGGUCUUAAGACCUGUCAGUGGGCUCACAACAUACACAAACAUGCACACACACACACACAUACACAGCAGAGUGACAGUUGGGUCGAACAGAAACUCACACUGUCUGUCUGUUCAGGUGUUAGUGUGUCAUGCAGGUCAGAGAUGAAAAACCUGAGCCUGUGUGUGUGUGUGUGUGCGUGUGUGUGUGCUUGGUGUAUGUGAAAAUAUGUGUGCCCAAAAAGGACCCAUCUGUCUCUCUGUAUCGUUAGUGAAUUGGUCGAGCAUUAUCAUUGUUCAUCACAGUUGCCUUUGUUGCAUGAAAAUCCUUUCUAAAUUUCUAGAUUAUUGUUGUUGUUGGUGGUGAUAUUGUGGAUAAUGCUGUUGUACUUUUUAAUUUGUGUUUUUGGAAGCCAAAGGUUCCUUUCUGAUUGCCUGCACAGAUAUUGAUUUUUACUUUUUAUGUUUCUGUUUUACUACUUGUUUUGUUUUUAGGGAAACAUUUCUGUUUACACCUGUAUCUGAAAAUAUAGAUUGCAUAUAUAAAUACAUAUAUCAUUAAUGUUUCUCUGUGA